GUUUUUUGUUUUUGUUUAAAUAAGAAAAUAAUUCUUGAAUUAUAGUCGGAAAAUUCAUCAAACAUAAAUAAAAGGAAAUGCUUGGCAGACAGCCAAACAACAAAUAAUUAUGGAAAAUAUUGUUUAUAAUUUUGCAAAAAUAACAUUUACUCCGCAUCCUAGUUCUAGUUGCACCAACUUUGACUGGAGUAUCAGCAAGCCAAUAGCUAUGUCGGACACAGAAGAAGAGGCUGGCUCUUCAAGACCACCACGACCAACAGCAGCAGCCGCAGCCGCAGCCGCACCUGCUUUAUUGGCCAUAGCACACACGCCACACUCAAUUGAUGAGGACAGCAUCUCGAGCCAGGACUCUUGCAGCGACUAUAACGACAAUGAGGAAAAUACCGAUGCGGAUGUGAGUGAUGCCCACAGCAGUUGCAGCUAUGCGGCAGCCACAUCAUCAUCCACUAUACCGGGCAGCCGUGGCGGUGUCUCGCGUCGUCGCAUGCCCGCACGCAUAGCCAAGGAUAACUUCAAUCGCAUUAGCAGUGCCAUAAUGAAGCCCUUGAAGAAGAAGCAGCGACGUGAACUCAACACAAAUGCCCAGACACUGAAGAGUAUUGAGAAAAUCUAUAUGAACAGCCAGCAUAUGAAAAAGUUUAGACCAUCCAAUUUGGAAACCAUCUUCGAAGAACCCAGCGAUGAGAAUGCCGCCGAUGCAGAAGAUGAUAGCGAGGAGCAGGGUUCCACAUCCAUUAGCGAGCAAGUUCGUAUUGUUAAGUUUGGUUCUCGCAAACUACGGCGGGCCAUCUCGUUCAACGAUGGCCUCAAUAAGAACAAGAAUUUGGUCAAGAAGCGUCGACUCAAGGUCAAGAAGACCUUUGGCAAGCGGCUCGCUCUCAAAAAGAUAUCAAUGACCGAGUUUCAUGAUCGACUGAACAAGAGUUUGGACAGUGCUAUGGUCGAUGAGGAGGAUGAGGACGAGCAAGAGGGUCAAUUGUUGGCAAAUGGUAAUAUCAAGUCCACCAUGGAUGAUAUGCAGUUGCCGGCCAUCUCAUUGCCAGCUAGCAGCGGCAACACGUUUUAACGAGAGACUGACAAAUUCAAAUCAAAUACUUUUAUGUAGGUUUAGACAUAAGAUUACACUAAUUGAAGAGGGGGUAUUAGAUUUACAUGUUUUUAAAGUAAUUUCAACUGCUAAAACCAAAUUGUUCGAUUUUUUUUUUAUUUUAAUAUUGUAUUGCGUUAAAGUUCUGAGUUGCAUUUUACCAUGAAAUCAUUUUUAAAAAUCGAAACAAAAAACAAACAGAAACAGUAAAAUAAAAAUAUUGUUAAGUUAAUGGGAAUUCACAAUGUAUCAUUUUUUUUUUCUAUUUAUUAUUUUUAUUUUAUACUUUCCUGUCAAUCUUAUGUAUUUUUUUUUUCUCCUUCAUAUUAGUUAUUAUUUUAAGUAAUUUUUUGCAUAUUCAUCUUUUGAAAUUUUAAAGUUUUAAAUAUAAAAGUUUCUUUCUUCACUGUACGCCUACUCAUACCAUCAAUUAGUUAGUUAAUUAACUUAAGUAAAAUAAUUUGUAAUCAAAUCCCUCAUCCAAAAAAAAAAAACACAUCCCCCCCUCCCCCAUCAUUUUGGGCGGUGGGCAAACUGAACUGAUACCAUGAACAUCAAAGUCAGAGAAUAAUUUAUUCACCAUAUUCAAAUCAAGUCUGUAAAUAUGAACAACAAGAAAAUUUCUAAGUCUAAGUCUAGAUUUUAGAUCAAAUACAUUUAAUUGAAUGAAAA